AUGAGCACACCAAAUGAUUUUGAUUUUAACUUUGGUGAUUUAAGUAGUACAUCAGAUAACAAUAAUAAUAAUAAUAAUAAUAAUAAUAAUAAUAAUAAUAAUAAUAAUAAUAAUAAUAAUAAUAAUAAUAGUAAUAAUAACAAUAAUAAUAAUAGUAAUAACCAAAACAGUGAUAGCAGUAAAAAUAAUAAUUUAUUAUUUGAUGAUUUUGAUCCAUUUAGCUCACCAACACCACAAAGAAAAGAAAAUAAUAGCAAUAGCAGUAAUAAUAAUACAAGUAAUUUUUUAGAUUUUGGUGAUUUUAGUUCAAAUAAUUUGACAACAUCAAACCAACCACGAUCAAAACAAAAUGAAGAUGAUUCAUUUGGAGAUUUCUCUGAACCACCCCCAUUAAAUGAAUCUGAAAAAUCAUCACCCAUUACAUUUAAUAGCGAUAACAACAACAACAACAACAAUAAUAAUAACAAUAAUGGUGAUAGUGAGUUUUCAAAUUUUUCAAAUACAAAUUCUAAUAAUAAUGAUUCAUUUGAUGAUUUUUCAAAUUUUUCAAAUCCUCAACAACCAAAAGAAAAAAGUGAUGAUGAAUUUGGUGAUUUUUCAACCUCACAAAAUGUUAAUAAUAAUAAUAAAAAUAAUAAAUAUACAAUAGAUUUUACAACCUCAAACCCAACUUCAAAUGAAGAUGAUGAAUUUGGUAAUUUUUCUACAUCAGCGGUGGAAAACAACAAUAAUGUAGGUUUUGAUUUCACUUCAUCAAAUGCUACCAAAGAUCAAUUUGAAAGAUUUACUACACCUGUGGCAUCUAUUGAUAAUAACUCUAUUGAUGAUAACAGCAACAAAAAUGGUGAAAAUGAUGACGAAAAGAAAGAAUUUGGAAGUUUCACUACAACAUCCAAUAAUGAUAAUGAUAAUAAUGAAGAUGAAUUUGAAAGCUUUACUGUACCAACAACAACAACAACAACACCAACAACAACAUCAACAACAACCAAUAAUGAUAAUAGCAGCACCAAUAGCAAUAAAGAUGAAAAGGAUCAAUUUGAAAGCUUUAUUGCACCAAUAACAACAACAACAACAACAAUCAAUAAUGAUAAUAGCAGUAACAAUAGCAAUAAAGAUGAAAAGGAUCAAUUUGAAAGCUUUUCUACAAUAACAACAACAAUAACUAAUAAUGAUAAUAGCAGCAACAAUAGUAAUAAAGAUGAAAAGGAUGAAUUUGAAAGCUUUACUACACCAACAACAACCAAUGAUGAAUUUGAAAGCUUUACUACACCAACAACAACCAAUGAUGAAUUUGAAAGUUUUACUACAACUACUAUCAACAAUCAUAAUAAUAACAACAAUAGUAAUAAAGAUGAAAAGGAUCAAUUUGAAAGUUUCACUACAGCUACUAUCAAUAAUAAUAAUAAUAAUAAUAAUAAUAAUAAUAAUAAUAAUAAUAAUAAUAAUAAUAAUAAUAAUAAUAAUAAUAAUAAUAAUAAUAAUAAUAAUAAUAAUAAUGAGGAUGAAUUUGAAAGCUUUACUGUACCAACAACAACAACAACAACCAAUAAUGAUAAUAGUAACAAUAGUAGUAAAGAUGAAAAGGAUGAAUUUGAAAGCUUUACUACAACAACAAUAAUAACCAAUAAUGAUAAUAGCAGCAACAAUAGCAAUAAAGAUGAAAAGGGUGAAUUUGAAAGCUUUACUACACCAACAACAACCAAUGAUGAAUUUGAAAGUUUUACUACACCUACGACCAAUAGUGAUAAUAAUAACAACAAUAGUAAUAAAGAUGAGAAGGAUCAAUUUGAAAGUUUCACUACAGCUACUAUCAAUAAUAAUAAUAAUAAUAAAGAUGAAAAGGAUGAAAUUGAAAGCUUUACUGUACCAACAACCACGGAUAAAAAAGAUAGCGAUAAAUUUAAUAGCUUUACUGAACAAACCACAGAACCAUCUAUUGAUGAUAAUAACGUCCAAUUUGAAAACUUCACUUUACCAACAAACUCUGAUAAUAAUGAUAACAAUAACAGUAAAAAUGAUGAAAAUGAUGAGUUUGAAAGCUUUACUACCCCACCAACAACAACAACAACUGAUAAUAAUAAAAAUAACGAUGAAUUCAAUCCAACAAAAACAAAUAAUACACCAGAGGUGACAGAAAAAGAUAGCGAUUUUAGUUUUUCAUCCUCUACUGUAAAUAAUGUAAACAGUGAAAACAAUGAUUUUGAUUCAUUUUCAACAGCAACAACAAAUAUGACAACUGGUAAUUUUGAUUUCUCGACACAAAAUAAUAAUAAUAAUAAUAAUAAUAAUAAUAAUAAUAAUAAUAAUAAUAAUAAUAAUGGAUUUGAUGAUUUUUCAACACCAAUAAGCCUAGUUAAUGAUAAAGAUGAUUUUGGUGAUUUUAGUGAAUCAAAACCAUCUUUAGAUAAAGAAACAAAUAAUAAUAAUAAUAAUAAUAAUAAUAAUAAUAAUGAUUUUGAUUUCACUUCUUCAAAUAUAGAAACAAAAGAAAUUAAAGAAAAUGAAAAAGAUUUUGAAUUUGACUUUACAGAACAACAUCAAUUACAACAAAAAUCAAGUGGCAAUCAUGAUGAAUUUGAUAAUUUUUCAACACCAACAACAGGAAAUGAUGAUCAAACAUUUGGAAAUUUUGAUGAACCAACAAAUAAAACAACAACAACAACAACAACAAAAUCAUCAGAGACUAAUGAAAAUGAAGUUGACUUUACAUUUCAAUCGCCAAAACCACCACCAUUUGAUAAUGAAAAUAAUGAUGAAUCAUUUGAUGAAUUUAAUAACUUUACUAGUGAACCUAUAAAACCAACAAUAGAAAUUGAACAACAAAAUAAUGAACCAUUUAAUGAAUUUAAUAGUUUUAAAAAAUCAAAUGAAUCAUUCAAUGAAAAUGAUGAUGAAUUUAAUAGUUUUAGCGAACCUGUAAAAGAAAUUAAUAAUAAUAAUAAUAAUAAUAAUAAUGAUGAUGAUUUUAAUUCAUUUUCUAAAUCAUCAAAUGAUAAUAGAAUUAAUAAUAGUGAUAACCAAGAAACAAAAAAGAAAGACGAUUUUAAUGAUAGUUUUGAAGAUUUUAAAUCAAAUGUUAAUUUCAAAGAUGAACCAGAAACUUCUGCCAUUAAUUUUGACGAUAGUGAUGAUCAAGAUUUUAAUAAAAAUGUAAAUAAUAAUAAUAAUAACAAUAAUAAUGAUGAUGAUGAUGACGAUGGUGAAAAAGUAGAAAAAUCUUUAACACCACCAUUAUCUCAACCACCACCACCACCACCACCAUCACCACCAUCACAACAACAAACUAUUUAUAAUGAUGGGUUUAGUGAUUUUAAAGAAACUACCGAUAACAAUAGCAAUGAUGAUUUUGGCGAUUUUGGUGAAUUUAAUAAUAACAACAAUGAUGAUGAAUUUGGUGAAUUUGGUGAAUUUAAUGAACCACCUCCACUACCACAACAAGGAAUUACUACUAAUGCUCCAUUACAACAACAACAACAACAACAACAACAACAACAACAACAACAACAACAACAACAACAACAACAACAACAACAACAACAACAACAACAACAACAACAACAACAACAACAACAACAACAACAACAACAACAACAACUACAACAACUACCAGCUUCACCAAUUGAAGAUGAUGGAUUUGGUGAUUUUGAUGAAAAAUCAACUGACGAUUUUGAUACUUUUGGAUCAUCACCAAAUCUAGCUCCAGCACUAGCUGGUACAUCACAAAAACCUCAACCAAAACAAAAACAACCCUCUUCAAAUUCUAUAGCAUUAUCACAACAAAGAUCAAAUAUUAAUCAAAUUAAAUUGAAUAUUGAUCAAUUAAUUAAUGUUCAAAAUUGUUUUGGUAGUACUACUACCAACGAUAACAACAACAACAACAACAACAACAACAACAACAACAACAACAACAACAACAACAACAACAACAACAACAACAACAACAACAACAACAACAACUCGUCAAGUGAUGAAAAAUCAAAUAAAAUUAUAAAUCUUAAAGAUUUAUUACAACAAUCAUCAAUAGAAAAAUCAAUUUAUAAUAGACCUAUUCAAUCAUCAUUCACUGUUACACCUGAACCAUUAAUUUUAAAAAAUACUUUAAUUGAAAAACAAUUUACUGAAUCUUUCCAUUUAUCAAAUGAAAUUAAAAUUUUAAUUAAACAAUUGGAACAUGAAAAGAUUCAUCAAGCAUUAAAACCUCAAGUAUUAGCACCAACAACUGGCAUUUCUCCAACUAUUUCAUCAACAACAUUAACAGGUUCAGGUGGUUCAAUUACAACAGUUUCUUUAAAUUCUUCAAAUAUUCCUUUAUCUCCAUCUUCUGCAUCUGCAGUAAAUAUUUCAAUUCCAAAUGUACCACCACUUAAUUCAAUAAAUAAUUUAACUAAUACUUCAACAACAGCAACAACAACAACAACAACAACAACUAAUAAUAAUAAUAAUACCACUACUUCUACUACAACAAAUACAACAACACCAACAACAACAACAACAACAACAAAUUUAACAUCACCAUUUGGAUCAAUUGAUAAUAUACCAACACCACCAAGUAAAGCUAUAAAUCUUGGUAGUACUGAUCCCUCAACAUUAUUAGGAAUUGAUCAUAAACCAGUUUCAAAUGGCCCUUUUAAUGAAGUUAUGUCAAAAAUUCCCGAUCUUUCUUUCAUGUUAUCACAAACUCUAAAUAUUCCUCUUAAAUCUAAAAAUAAUCAAAAAAUUUUAACGACACCAUUUAAAUUAUCUGAUAAUAAUAAUAAUAUUUUAACUCCAACAACAGUAACUCCAAAAUAA